AAGUGGAUGUGACAAAGGUCACCUUCGGCGAGCAAGAAGAAGGAGUGGAGGAAGAUGGUGAGAGCAUGUCAGCAGACUUCCGUCCUCAGAUCAAACUGAGGUGGGAGGAUGAUGCAGACGGUCUUGCUGUUUUUCCUCCACAGUUUGAUUUCGAGUUCGUUGCAGUGGAGGAAGAAGGAGCAGAGGUAGAAGAAGACGAAGUGGAGGCAAGAGUAGAAGGAGCUGGAGUGGAUGAUAAUCAACCAAUUCCAGAAGUGGAGAUUCAUCCAGUUCCUUCUGACGAGGAGGAGCCUCCUCUGCCAGACGAGCAGCAGCCAACACAGCCACCUCGUCCAGCUGAACAGGAGCCAGUGGAGCCACCUCUCCCUGAAGAAUAAUUUGUUUGUUUUUUAAUUUUUUGAUUUCUUGUAAAGACAUUUAUAGCUUGUAAUCUUUAUUUUAAUUGAAAUGAAAAUUGAUAUUUGAAAUCAUGUGUUUGUUUAUAUUCGCUUUACAUUUGUGGUAUUAUUUUUUAUUAAUAAAAGAACUGAGAUUGU